AGGCUGAAUGACAGAGAUGGACACACUGUUGUGUUUUCCAAAAUUUAUACACUUGUAACGUGUGUUGUGUGUGUGUGUGUGUGUGUCUGAGCUGGAUCUGAUUGACAGUUGCUCAGUCUUUGUGUUUGCUCUUUGGUUUUCUUGGAUGCUGAAGGAUCUGAUGUUGGAGAUACAGAGUCACCCAGCACUGCUGUACACCUGGAUGCAAGAGCUGCACUGACUGAGGUCUGCUCAGUGGUCAGGACAGAGUGGGUGGACAGACAGAGGACAAGUGUCCACAUCAGUGUACGUCGUCGGUGCAGCUGUCAGAAGAACUGUCUAGCCAAUCAGGAGAGGCGAGGGGAGAGGUGAGCCAAUCAAAGGGGGAGAGAUGUUGGGGCAGGAUGGGCGUGCGGCCCUGACUGUCAUGUCAUUACUGCUGCUACUGUGGCACGAAGCAACACCAAUUGAAGUCCCACAAGACGCAAAGAUCCUGCAAGACCUGAAGCAGCCCCCCACCAUUGUCAAACAGUCAGUGAAGGACUACAUUGUCGACCCCAGAGAUAACAUCAUCAUCGAGUGUGAGGCCAAGGGCAACCCAGUGCCAACGUUCUCAUGGCGAAGGAACGGCAAGUUUUUCAACAUCGGGAAAGAUCCCAGGGUGACGAUGCGGAAACGAUCAGGAACCCUGGAGAUCGGUUUCCGUAGUGGAGGACGACCAGAGGACUACGAAGGAGAAUACCAAUGUUUCGCCAGCAAUGACUUUGGAGUCGCUCUGUCCAACAAAAUCCUGCUCCGGGUCUCCAAGGCUCCUCUGUGGCCAAAGGAGGUGCUAGAGCCUGUGGUGGUGAUGGAAGGCUCCCCAAUGGUUCUACCCUGCAACCCCCCACCAGGCCUUCCUCCCCCGUUCACCUUCUGGAUGAGCAGCUAUAUGAUGCCAAUCCGUCAGGAUAAGAGAGUAUCCAUGGGUUUGAAUGGAGACCUGUACUUCUCCAACGUUAUUGCUCAAGAUGCUCAAACAGACUAUAGCUGCAGCGCUCGCUUCCUCUUCACACACACCAUCCAGCAGAAGAACCCCUUCACACUCAAAGUCCAGAACAGGGAGCCAUAUAAUGACACAUCUUACAAUGCCUCUGACUCCUAUGGUGGCCGUAAAGUAGCUGAGACCACGCCAACCUUCCUCUCACCAUCAGGCAGUGAGAGCUCCAAAAUGGUGCUACGAGAUGAGAGACUGCUGCUGGAGUGUAUCGCUGCUGGACUACCGACGCCUACCAUCAAGUGGUUUAAGAAGGGCGGGGACCUGCCAGGGCAGAAAAUGAAGUUUGAGAACUUCAACAAGACCCUGAAGAUUGUCAGUGUGUCAGAGGAGGAUGCUGGGGAGUAUGUGUGCAUGGCCAACAAUCACUUAGGCAGCGUACGCCACUCCAUCUAUGUCCAGGUGAAAGCGGCUCCUUACUGGCUGGACAAACCUACAGACCUGGUCCUGGCCCCGGACGAGAACGGGCGCCUGGUGUGUCGGGCCAAUGGCAACCCUAAACCCAACAUUCAGUGGCUGAUCAACGGACAGCCUAUAGACAGCGCUCCGCCCAACCUGAGCAGACAGGUGCUGGGUGACACCAUCAUCUUCCGCUCAGUGCAGAUGGGAAGCAGUGCUGUUUAUCAGUGCAACGCCUCCAACCAGCAUGGCUAUCUGCUGGCCAACGCCUUCGUCAGUGUUCUUGACAUGGCUCCGAGGAUGCUGGGCCCUAAAACCCAGCUGAUCAAAGUCGUCCGGAACAACCGCACCUUCCUGGAUUGUCCGUUCUUCGGUUCCCCUCUGCCAGAGCUCCGUUGGUUUAAGAAUGGACAGGGCAGCGGGCUGGACGGCGGUCACUACCGUGUAUACAUCAACGGCACCCUGGAGAUCAAAAAAGCCCGAGCGGAAGACGAGGGCACCUACACCUGUGUAGCCCAAAACAUCCUGGGUAUGGCCAGCAAGCAGGUUGGCCUGGAGGUCAAAGAGCCGGUUCGUAUAGUUCAAGUCCCCGAGCACCAGAAGGUCGUCAGGGGCGCUGUGGCUCAUUUCGCCUGUAAGGUGGAGUCUGAUCCCAGCCUGCCCGUCACCGUGGUCUGGACCAAGGACGACAAGCCUCUCUAUUUGGGAUGGAGGCUGAAGAAGGACGACGAGUCGCUCACCAUCCCCAAAGUGAACGAGGGUGAUGAGGGAACAUACACCUGCACUGUUACAUCUGAGAUAGACCAGGACUCAGCCUCAGCCCGCCUCACUGUGUUAGAGGAAGCCUCCCUCAACCCCUCAGUCUCUAGUGCCUUGCCUCCAGAUCGUCCAGACUCUCCCAUGGAUCUGGAUCUGUCGGACCCAGCAGCCCGCAGUGUCCGCCUCACCUGGAUCCCCGGAAAUGACCACAGGAGCCCCGUCGAAGAUUUCUUGGUCCAGUUUGAGGAGGACCGCUGGGAGCCAGGCAGGUGGCAGAACUUGUCCUCUUACCCAGGGGACCUCAACUCUGUCGUCCUGCAGCUCGCCCCCUUCGUAAACUACCAGUUCAGGGUCAUCGCAAUCAACUCAGUGGGCCCGAGUCAGCCCAGCAGCCCGUCGCCACGAUACAAGACCAGCGGAGCAGCCCCAGAUGCCAUUCCCAGAGGGCUGCGGGGGUGGGGCUCCAAGAAGGACAACAUGGAGAUCACCUGGGAGCCUCUGCUUGAUCUGGAGAGAAAUGGCCCAAACCUGUACUACAAUGUCUGGUGGAGGCAGAAGGAUAUGGGGGAAGAGUGGAGUAACGCGACCACACUGGAGUCCAAAUAUAUCGUCCCCAACACAGACACCUAUGUGCCCUAUGAGAUCAAAAUCCAGGCCAGAAAUGAGUUUGGAUCAGGACCUGAGUCUAAUGUGGUGAUCGGAUACUCCGGAGAGGACAAUCCCACUGAGGCUGCCACUGACCUGCGGGUGUCAAAGGUCGGGAGCAUCAAAGCGACCAUCCACUGGAAGGCUGUGGACCCCAGCUCUGUCCAGGGAGAGUUCAAAGAGUUCAGACUGUACUACUGGCGUGAGUCCAGUCUGGUCCCGGGUCUGGUGGUCAGUAAGGAGAAGAAGACCAAAGGUUUCUACAGCACCUUGGCUGAGCCGUCCGGGAUCCUCAGUGACCUGGUGCCCUUUUCCAAAUACAAGAUGUUUAUGGUUGUGGCCAACAGCCGCUUUGAGGGUCCGCCCAGCAACACAGUGGAGUUCACCACCAAGGAGGGAGUCCCCGAUGCUCCAAGGUUCUUCAGGAUCAACCGGAGGAGUUUCGACACCCUCUACCUGGAAUGGGACAAACCUCUGGAGCCCAAUGGCAUUCUGAUUGGAUACCAGCUCAAGUAUCAAACAGUCAAUGGCUCAAGGGGAGGUCGCCUACAGCUAGAGUCGUUUCUUCCUAACGUGACGAACUUCACCCUCCGCCUGCCGGACCGAUCCACCCGCUACAGGUUCUACCUGUCGGCAAUCUCACGGAUAGGAACAGGGGAGGACUUUGCUGAAGAGUCACCACACUUCACAGAGGUGGCCCCCGGUCGGGAGAUCUGGGAUGUGACGGCGGAGCCUAACAGUAACUACACUAACGUCAGCUGGAGACACAACUUCCCGGCCGGCAGCAGCGAGUUUGUGCUAGAGUUCACACUGGACAGCGACAAGACGGUGAAAGUUGUGCCAGUGAAUCAACAACCCCCCGUUGCAGUGGCGGAUCUAAUCGCGGGCGCCAAGUAUCAUCUGAGGGUUUACUCCCAUGAGCUCAACAGCAUCAGCAGCAAACCUGUCACCUUUGAGACCAAAGCAGCCUACAUAGACCAGGUAGACAUAGCCACUCAGGGCUGGUUCAUUGGCUUGAUGUGUGCCAUCGCCCUCAUCAUACUGAUCCUCCUCAUCGUCUGCUUCAUCAAGAGGAGCCGGGGCGGCAAAUACCCAGUGCGUGACAAAAAAGAUCUCCCCUUAGACCCCGUGGACCAGAAAGACCAGGACGGCUCCUUUGAUUACCACAGCGACGAGGACAACAAGCCUCUGCAGGGCAGCCAGACCUCACUGGACGGCAACGUGAAGGAAAGCGACGACAGCCUGGUAGACUACGGCGAGGGCGGCGAUGGCCAGUUCAACGAGGACGGCUCCUUCAUCGGCCAGUACACGGUGAAGAAGGACAAGGAUGAGACGGAGGGCAACGAGAGCUCCGAGGCCACCUCACCCGUCAACGCCAUCUACUCGCUGGCAUAGCCCAUCAGCAGCACAUGGGGGACAGGGCAGCCACCCCCACCCCCCAUCCCUUUGGUUCAAGGGCGAUUCGACACACCACAGCACCACACACCACACACACACAUACACACACACACAUGAAUAUAGUACUAUAUGAAACACGGUAAACAGGAAGUGCAGCAGGGUCUGUGUGGAGACUGUACAGACUUUCCUCUGCAGGAAGUGGAACCAGACCACAAGCCUUUACUUUACGUUUCCAGCUCUGAGAGGAUGGCCCAUAUGAGGGCAAUUGGACACAGUGGACAGUGCUUGUUUAUCUCUGCUCUGCCGGCCCGUCACCCACACAGACUCGGAGUGUGCCUUCUGGGCGGCGUUCAGCAUCUAGAGGCAUCAAGCAUCGUUUGAGAUUUUCCUUUGGUUCAUUUCUGCUCCUAACGUUUUCAGUGUCACUGCUCUCCUCCCUGAUACACCCCUCAUACACACACACACACACACACACACACACACACACACACACACACACACACACUCACACACACACUCACACACACUCACCCCAUACUGUAACAUAUCAGCUUCUAACCAUCGAUCUCAACAGGAUGCUGGCAGAUAUGUUUAUCAUAUUGAUAUUUACACAGUGAAAGAUUUUAGUUUCUCCACAGCUGGUAGACGAGUCAUUGAAUCCUAAUGAAUGCUGUGUACAGACCUGGCACACAUAUUGGUGCCCUGCGAAACUAUGCACUAUCACCUCCUCUGUACCUUCACGGUUUAAUCUGGUUAGUAAAAGGUCAUUUUCACUUCCUUUUUUUACCACCUGCAGGCUGAACUCACGCUUUCACUCACUUUGCCUUGUACAAUGUGGUAGACAUGUUACCUCUAAUCCAAUGUUGUAGUGCAGAUGAUCAAAAUGGCUGCCACGAUAAAGGCCACGUCUACCGCCAGCAGCAGACGCUGCUACAGUCUGUUGUCAGUGGAUCCCAUCAUGGUCGUGUCUGAGGCAGCGGAGAGGAAAGUUAGUUUAGCUUGUGAAACAGCAGCAGACCACGACCCAGUGAAUCCUAGUUAGCUUGCAGGCUAAUGCUGCAUUCAUGUCACUUGGGAAAAUUAAGAGUUUUAUACCAAAACCAAACUAAAUAAUGACUAAUUACGAUUGAAAAAGUUAAGAUAUUUUUCUACACCAACCUACAUGUAUUUACAAACCCCAGAGCUCCCAGUAAGCUGUUAGCUCCUGUGGGCUGAGGUGUUGGGCUAUGGCCUCUCCAGUGGGACAUGAAUGCAGCAUGAGAAGCUGGGAUCCUUGAGGUGCUUUCAGACUAAAUUUCCUGCAUUGUGUUAUGCACACAAAUUCAGCAACUGGAUUGUUAUUACAGUCUGUGUUUUUUCGUCCCAAACAGCCGGCGCUACAGACGUUAGCUGUGAGCUAGCAGAGGGGUCUGCACCUUGUUCCUUCCUUCUUGAUUUUUAUAUAAACCCAAUUGAUUUGUUGAGCAUUACAAAAGAAAAAAAAGACUGCAUUAAGGCUGUGUAGAAUACUUUAAAAAUGACAAUAUUUACAGCAUGAAAAUAUAGACAUUAAACUCACAGCCAGCUUUGAGAUGAAGCUUUAUUUUUUAUUUUUUGCAGAGGAAGAUAGAAAAAAGAAAAAUGUUUGAGUGGCAGAAGAAGUCUGAAGACGUGUGUGAGCUCACCUGUCAUGUGUGUCAUGUAGUCGCUCUCUCUGCAGACUGAUGGACUGACAGUCACUAAUUGGCUCAUUGGUCUGUUGGCCUGUAGCUACUUAUUAAACCCUUCAAUGCUAAAUCACAUAGAUAUGAACUGCAGUUAGCAACACAUUGUAUUUCAAAUAUUUAUUUUAUAUUUCUAUUUAUUACAUUAUGUGGAUAGUAUUAAUAUAUUAAUUAGUUCUUUAUUCAAUGAUUAUCAUAUACACGUUCUGUUGUUUCACAUCAGGAAAUAGCCAACAUAAAGAAUUUGUUCCUGCUCACCACAAGAGGGGUUCAACACAGCAGCAUGUUCCAGAUGUUUCUGUAGCAGCUGGAUUUCCUGUUUUGAACAAAACAAAAAGAAAACACCUGUCUCACAUGUCUCUCUGUCCAUUGUGCUGCUCUUCUCAUGCUCAUGUUGUGUUACUGUUGCUCCGUGUUGUUCUUCAGAUUUAUAUAACCUAACAUUUCCACCACAUAGAAAAUUAAUAUUGUUGCUUAUGAUUAUUUAUUUGGCAUAUAUUCUGUACAUGUAGGUCUCUUAUCUUUGUAAAUAUUUCAUAGUUGAUUUCAGCCCUUAAAAAAUGCUUUAUUAAAAAAGAAAACAAAGAUUUAGAAAUUAGCAUCUACCAAGCAACAAGUGCAUCCUGAAUCUGUCGUGCACCUCUGUGAUGUAGUUUUGACUAACAUUUGCACUCUGCACAAGUUACAAAAAUCAUCCUUCACUCUGUGUUGCCCUUUGCUUUGACAUUGUAAUAUAUGGUAGUGACUGCAGUCACUUUCUUAAUGAUGGCUUGGAUUCUAUAUUGUGAAGAAGAAGAAUAUGUUAUAUUGAUGUAAAUAAGUCCUGCAGUAUCCCAUUUGUAGCAUUUGUCACACUCAGACUGCUAGUAGGCCUAAAACACAUGCAUUCGCUGAGGUAUUGGAACAUAUAAACCUCCAUACACUGCUCUUCCUGAGACUGCAUCUACUCUCACUUCCCAUAUUGCCUUUCACCUAACAUGCUUAUUGUUGCGUAGCUGUGUCCCAUUUCAGGUGUCACCUCAGAAGAAUAAAGGUUGAGACCGUCAUGCCUCACACAGCCUAAAAGCCACAAGCUGAGAUUAGCAUUAGUACCCGAGAGCGUCCACGUGAUGUCAGUUUAGUCACCUGAACUUUAUUCAGACCAUGCACGCCGACGCACGUGGGAACAUGUCCACCCAUGCAGGAACCCUGUAUACUGUAAACAGAAGUGUGUGCAUGUCUACUGUCCUCUCUGCUGCCCCGUCCACGUCCCUUAAUGCUGUAUUUAAAGGUGCUAUAUGUAAGUUUUGCAAUUGCUACAUAGCUAAUGUUAGCAUUAACAGCUGUUUACUCAGUCUAGAAGAAACGUUGUAAGUUUACCAUCAAACUCCAUUCCUUUACUAGUCAACAGCUGUCUACAGAGGUGGAAAAAAACACCAGUGUUACCUCGGGUCUCUAUCAUGUCUUUUCUUCAACUGAAGUUGGCAUGCUAACAGGUAGCCCGUCUCAUAACUUUCUGAUAGUGACUCACUGUAGCCUCCAGUGUGUCCUGAAGAAGUAGCUGGUCAGAGGAUGUAUUGUAACCUCUUGUAUUAUAAAGACAACAAUGGCUGAAGCUCUUGUUUGGAGGCCAUCACCGCCACCUGCUCCUAACAAGAAACCAGAGAAAACUUACAGAUAGGUAAGGUUAGUUCCAACUUGUAAAAUUCACAUUUCCAAGAUUACCGCCAGGAAGAUACCCUCAAAUGAAAUACUGUAACCUUGUCACUGCUGGGCCUUAAAAAUCUUCCCAUAACUUCAACCUUUGAGAACCUUGUGAGGUGCUGGUUCUAGACCUUGACCAGUAGGUAGUUGAGCUGAUUGGACUUGUGGCCCAAAGUGGUAUCAAACCAGUUGGUAGUUUUUCCAUUUAUGCCUUUGUGCACUUAAUCUUAUUAGUCAUCUUGGUUCAUCUUUGUCUCUGCAUUGUUUGGUGAUCUACAUCCCCUUUUCUGCUGAAUGCUAGCUUGCUUUGGUAACCCUUGUUGUGAUGUGAAAACACAUCUGCGUUACCAAUCAUGAUCGAUCAACAUCAGUGCUGCCCACCUCUGAACAAUACCUGAGACCCCCAGAACCUAAACUUAGCUCCAGGAACUGACUGGAGAACAAAACUAAAGCAGGAAACAAAGCAGAAGUUAUGACAAUGGCUAAGUGCUACGUUGCGUCAGUAGAAAAGGGAUAGAAGCAAUACAAGUUGACAUCACCUGAAUGCAUUACCAGUUAAUCAUGUGACUCAAACAGUUGCCCAGUUUUGGGACAGAGGAGGCUGCGAUUCUUGGCUCAUUUGGAAGAGUCUGAAUUAGAAAGACCUUGUGGAUCCAUUAUGACAUUUUCAAACUGCAAAGAGGCACCCUAAAGUGGAACACAGUGACUCAGUGACAGGCAGCCAUUUUGAAAACAGUUCCCCCUUCCAAAACAAAGAGACACCUGAUUCUCCAAAACCCAACCUUUGUGUCAUUUAUUCUUUCUCUUAGAAGCUCAUGUCCCUGUCUGUCUCGCUGCAGAACCUCAAGGCAAUAUCCUCUGUGUUUUCAUGUUUUUUCUCUGAUGCUGUUGUCUUGCAGUGUUUUCAUGUCACACACCCCCGCUCAGGCGGUUGGGUAGCCUGAGUGAGGGUGUGUGAUGAAGAAAGACCUGAAACACCUGAUGAGUUCAGGAGCAUCACUGAGGACGUGUCCUUGGAUGUCUCUGUGAGCCACAGUGUGUUCACUCUGACCUCGGUUUGAGCACUGGGGUUGUUAAUCUGAGCAUCUUGAAAAAGAGGAGCAUGGUGCUGAAGUGGAAGAAAACAGUGAGUGAAAGCACUCAGAGAUUAUUGGGUUUGAACUUUCUUUCUGGACUCAUUGGAAUGGUUUUCUUCAAAAUCUGGUCUGGACACCUGCACUCUCCUCCUCCUCCCUCAUGGCCUUGUCUUCGUCCCCCGGGUGUAUCACAGUGGGGAAAUGUUGUAAACUGGCUAUAUUACAAAGAAAAGAGGAUUAUGCAUAUUUGCUGAUACACAGUGCUUUUUUUCUUGUCCUUUUCUUUGUGCACAUUGACUCGAGGUGUGUUAAGAGUCGAGCAUCUGUUUUUACUGUCUGCAUCGUCUCCACUCACCUUUCACGGGGAAAAAGAAAAUCUCAAUGUGCAGUUUUACAGCUUUGUGUUGUUCUUUUUUUUAUUAUUUUCAAAAUGCUGCAAAGUCUAGAAUUUUACUAGUGCACAUUUUUUAACUGAUUGAUCACAUGCUGUAUGGCUUUUUUUUAAACAAAUUCUCAUAUUAGCAUCUUGUUUUUAUCAUGUGUAUCAGAGCAGCAAAGUCUUGCUUCAACAUGCAGAAUAACAGCUUUUGUAAGGUACAUCUACUCAACAGAAAGUGGCAUAAAUAUAUUCACCAUGUAUGCGUGUAUGAUGAGAUGUUGCAACUUCUGCUAGCGACGCCUUCUUUAUAGUAAAGCUAUCUCCUUUUCUCUA